AUUUCUUAUGUAUAAUAGGACACACAGAGAGCGAGUAAUGGAACAUGAACUCAUCAACCCAUCAACUCAUCAUGAACGGAGCUUUAGAGCUAUAUCAACCAGACAUACUUGAAACUUCUAUUCUAAGACCCACUUCUGUCAACCUCCCAGGAACCCCUCCAGAUUUCAUCAUGACGAAUACGAAAGACAGUACGCAAAAACCUCAAGGCUCUACCAGGCUUAAAACUUUGAUCAAAAGCCUCAAGACUUUGGUUCAUUCGAAGAAGAGCCUUCCGACUGAGAAAUUAGAGCAACGCCAAGAGGCCACAAUCAAGAAAGAAGCAAAGACACUGGAGAAGGCCAAAGCAAAGAAGGCUAGGGCAGAAGCUCGCGAAGCUAGCCGGGAAGAACGCAGUGUCGCUUACAGACGAUCAAGCUCGACAUAUAAAUCCGAUCCAAAUGCGUGGUUGAUGAUGACUACUUUCGACACUAGUGGAGGGAGAUGUUAUGACGGUGGAUGUUACUGUGAUUAG